AUGGCACUUGCCCCCAAGAGCCCGCGCGCGCCCGCCCUCGACAACUCGCUCGCCUCCCCACCUUCUCCGCCGACCACGACGACGACGACACCAAGGGCAAAGGCCCUCGAGCCCGUCAAGCAGCGCACGCACACGCCCUGGCCCGUCCUGCCGUCGCUCGCCGUCCUGUUGCCGAUCCUCGCCCUGUUCACCUGGACCUCGGUCCGCCUGCACUACGAGCUCCCGACGCCCGGCCACGCCCUGUUCUCGCCUGACGGCUCGCCCGUCUUUUCCGAGUCGCACGCCAUGCGCUACAUCAAGGACCUCGCCUCGUACGGCGAUGGCACGCCCCGGUACCGCAUCCUCGGCACGCGCGAGAUGGUCGAGACGGACCAGUACCUGCUCGACAAGGUGGCCGAGAUCCGCCAGGACGUCGUGCAGCGGCACCCAGACGGCGGCAUGCAGCUCGAGGUCUGGCACCAGACCGGCGACGGCACCCACCUGUUCGACUUCAUGGACAAGAUGGUUUGGAAGAAGUACAUGGGCGUCACGAACGUCAUUGUGCGCCUGUCGGACGGCACGGCGGCGACCAAGGCCAACGCCGUCCUCGUCAACGCGCACACCGACUCGACGCUCCCGAGCCCCGGUGCGGCCGACGACCUGUUCGGCGUCGCCGUCAUGCUCGAGGCGAUGCGGGUCAUGGCCAUGGGCGAGCGUCGCUUGACCAACUCGGUCAUCUUCUUGUUCAACGGCGCCGAAGAGUCGCUUCAAGAUGCCUCGCACUUGUUCAUCACCCAGCACCCGCUCAAGGACACGGUCAAGGCGGUCGUCAACAUCGAGGCGUGCGGCACCGACGGCAAGGAGAUCGUGUUCCAGGCGACGUCGCCCGAGAUGAUUCGUGCGCUCGCCAGGACGCCCUCGCCAUACGCGACCGUCAUCGCGAGCGAGAUCUUCCAGACGGGCUUGAUCCUGUCCGACACCGACUUCGUGCAGUUCGUUCAAUACGGGAACUUGACGGGCCUGGACAUGGCGCUCGUGCAGAACUCGUACCGGUACCACACGACGCUCGACACUGUGGACAACAUCGAGCCUGGCGCGCUGCAGCACACGGGCGAGAACCUCAUCCCGCUCCUCGAGUACCUCACCUCGCCCGAGACGACCAUGGGCAACUCGCACGAGUCGAUGCCGAUCCUGCCGCACGCCCCGACGUCGCACACCAUCUUCUUCUCGGCCCUCGGCGGCAAGGUGUUCGUCGUGUACAGCCGAGCCACGGCGACGCUCGUGUACGGCAUCAUCGCCGCCCUCGUCGCCGUCAUCGCGACCGACCGCGUCGACUGGACGACGCACAAGAAGGCGUACCUGCUCGGCGUCGUCGGCGUCCUCGGCGGCUUGGUCUCGGCGAUCAUUGGCGCAAAUUCGGUCGCGUUCCUCACGAGCAUAGUCCUCGGCAAGCCCAUGAGCUGGUUCUCGAACGAGGCCUACCCGCUCUUCCUGUUCGGCCCGCCGGCGUUGCUCGGCGUCGUCCUGUGGCAGUACUUCCUCGUCUCGAACCGUGUCCGCUCGCCCAUCGCCAGCGUCGCGCAAGAUGCGGCCGAGUCGUCCCUUCUUGAGCACGCGACACUCGUCGGUCUCGUCGUCUUCAACUCGGGCAUCACCUUGGUCGGCCACGCGCUCGGCGUCGGCUCGAGCUACCUGUACGCGAUCGGGUCCGUCUCGGGCCUCGCGGCGCUCCUCCUCAACGACUACGUCCUGCGCAACAAGAGCAAGGGCCUUCAUCUCGUUACCUACGUCGUCGGGCAGUCUCUGCCGCUCCUCGUCGGCAUCGAAGGCAUCAUCGGUUUCCUCGACCUUUUCGUUCCGCUCACGGGCCGUCUCGGCGCCGAGGCGCCCGUCGACUUCAUCAUCGCGACCUUGGUCGGCGCCAUCGGGUACCUGACCGUCCCCAUGCUGUCGCCCCUGUGCCACCGUUGGGGCGCCUUCUUCACUGCCCGACUCGCCGUCUUCCUCCUCCUCGUGUCGGCCUUCUCGAUCGGCUGGUUCACUCGCCCGUCAGGGUCGCCGUACGACGCCGCCCACCCCAAGCGCCUUCUCGUCCUCCACAUGGAGAACACGACGACGUCGCCGUCGACGUUCAACCUGCACGUCGCGAGCGUCGACGGGACGCCCUUCUCGGGCCUCGUCGAGAGCGCGACUGCCGGCUUGCGGGCCGCAGGAUCGGUCCCCGAGCCGACCAUCGCCGACGACCUCUCUGUCGAGUGGGACAUCGUCUACCCGGUCUCGCAGUUCCUCACGACGUACCGCAUCGAGCUUCCGCCCGUCGACGCCAACUACGUCGCCACGUGGACCGACUCGCUCAAGGUGACGGUGCAGCGCAACGUCCUCAACUCGAUCAAGCAGACCCGGCACGUCGAGCUCACGCUCGAGCACCCGGGCAUCAUCUGGCCCGUCAUGAGCUUCACCGCCGACGUUGUCGCCUGGGACCUGCCCCAGCCUCCUGAGCGAGGCGACGUGCGCCACCACGUCAAGUCGGUCGCGGCGUAUGGCGUCACGAGCUUCCCGCUGUCGGUCACGGUGCAGCUCACGCCCGAGCAGUUUGCGGCGGCCAUGCGCGAGGACCAACGCUCGAAGCAGCAGCGAGCCGACUCGUCGGCCGAGGACCGCGCUCUCGCGUCGCUCCGCAUCGACUACAGCGGCCUCGACGUCCACGGCAUGUGGCCGGCGAGCAUGCAGAGCGACGACGCGGUCGAGGACGCGAGGCGGCAGCUCGCGAGGGGCACCAAGCCGGGCAUGCGCUUCUUCGAGCAGUUCGCGCUCAGGCUCGAGCACGAGCCCGUCGACGCCAUGCUCCUCACUCUGCUCAAGCCGACGUGCACCUGCCUGCCCCUCCACGUCGCGCCCUCGACCCCAUCGCUCGCUCGCUCGUUCGCCUCGACUUCGGCACCUCGCAGCCACGACAACCCUCUGGGGCUCCCUCGCAAUGACGCUCCGCCGACCAUGCCCCGCAUGCAGCGCGGCCUGCCGCAGAAGUGCAGGCUCGACGGCGUCAAGAAGGUCGUCGUCGUGUCGAGCGGCAAGGGAGGAGUCGGCAAGAGCAGCGUCGCCGUCAACCUCGCACUAGCUCUCUCGGCAUUGCCGCACAGCGUGACGGGCGGUGCACGGCCAAGGGUCGGCGUCCUCGACCUCGACAUCUUCGGCCCAUCGUUGCCCAAGUUGAUGGGCCUCGAGGGUGCCGGCGAGCCCUUCUUGACAGCCGAAAACCGCCUCACCCCGCUUCGCGCGCACGGCUUGCCCUGCAUGUCGAUGGGCUUCCUCCUUCCCAACAACCCGCCCGACCCGACAAACCCGACCUCGCACCCGUCCGACACGCCCGUCGUGUGGCGCGGCAUGAUGGUCAUGAAGGCCGUCCAGCAGCUCCUGUUCGACGUCGACUGGCGAGCCGGGACCGGCGGGCACGACCUCGACAUCCUCGUCGUCGACACGCCGCCGGGCACGGGCGAUGUCACGCUCAGCCUCGGACAGCUCGUCGAGGUCGACGGCUCGGUCAUCGUCUCGACGCCGCAGAACGUCGCCAUCAUCGACACGCGCAAAGGCGUUGCCAUGUUCCGCAAGCUGGGCAUCCCUAUUACCGGCGCCAUCCUCAACAUGAGCCACUUCCUGUGCCCUGGCUCGUCGACGCCGCACUACAUCUUUGGCCGCCCCGACGCCUUCAACUCGACGUGCGCCGACCUUUCGCUCGACGUCCUCGGCCAAAUCCCCAUCGAGCCCGACGUGUCGUCCCGAGGCGACUCGGGCGCGCCCGUCGUCAUGCUGGCCUCGCCCGCUUCGUCGAGUGGCGACGAGCUCGCAGCGGGACCGUCCAAGGCGAGGGAAGCGUUCCUCACGCUGGGCGAGCAGGUGUGGCACCGGCUGCAGCAGGGCGCACGGGCGUGA